CAGAGCCACAACCGAGAGUGAUAGAGAGAGGGAGAGAGGGAGAUGAGCAUCUUGUUCCAAUGAAACGUCAAGCAGUGUGACGAUGACAGCGAAAGGCAGACAUAAAGCGGUCCCCUUCCCCCUGGCCCACCGGCUCACCAUGAAGGAGGUGUUUGACGCCGAAGGCCGGCCGCGGGUGGACCUGCUCAAAGCUCACCUCACCAAAGAAGGCCGACUGGAGGAGGCCGUGGCCCUGCGCAUCAUCGAUGAGGGGGCUGCCAUCCUGCGACAGGAGCGCACUAUGUUGGACAUUGAGGCGCCAGUCACAGUGUGUGGAGAUAUCCACGGCCAGUUCUUUGACCUGAUGAAGCUGUUUGAAGUGGGAGGAUCUCCUGCCAACACACGCUACCUCUUCCUGGGGGACUAUGUGGACAGGGGCUACUUCAGUAUCGAGUGUGUGUUAUACCUGUGGUCACUGAAAAGCCUCUACCCAAAGACACUCUUUCUUCUACGGGGAAACCAUGAAUGUAGACAUCUGACGGAAUAUUUCACCUUCAAACAAGAAUGUAAGAUCAAGUACUCGGAGCAGGUGUACGACUCCUGCAUGGAUGCGUUUGAUUGCCUGCCCCUUGCAGCCCUGAUGAACCAGCAGUUCCUGUGUGUGCAUGGGGGGCUUUCACCAGAGAUCCACACACUGGACGACAUCAAGAAGUUGGACCGGUUCAAGGAGCCCCCGGCGUUUGGACCCAUGUGCGACCUGCUGUGGGCCGACCCCCUGGAAGACUUUGGCAACGAGAAAACCCAGGAGUACUUUGGCCACAACACAGUCAGAGGCUGCUCCUAUUUCUACAGUUACCCAGCAGUGUGCGAGUUCCUACAGACCAACAACCUGCUGUCAAUCAUCAGAGCGCAUGAAGCACAGGAUGCUGGGUAUCGUAUGUACAGGAAGAGUCAAACUACAGGUUUCCCCUCGCUCAUCACCAUCUUCUCUGCUCCAAACUACCUGGAUGUCUACAACAACAAAGCGGCGGUGCUGAAGUAUGAGAACAAUGUGAUGAACAUCCGUCAGUUCAACUGCUCUCCUCACCCCUACUGGCUGCCCAACUUCAUGGACGUCUUCACCUGGUCGCUGCCUUUCGUGGGAGAAAAAGUGACUGAGAUGCUGGUCAACGUCCUGAGUAUCUGCUCUGACGACGAACUCAUGAACGACGGAGAGGAGAUCUUCGAUGCCAGUGCAGCAGCAGCCAGGAAAGAGGUGAUCAAAAACAAGAUUCGAGCCAUUGGGAAGAUGGCUAAAAUGUUCUCUGUUCUACGGGAGGAGAGUGAGAACGUGUUGACCCUGAAGGGACUGACUCCUACGGGCAUGUUGCCCAGCGGCGUGCUCUCUGGGGGUAAACAAACGUUGCAGAGCGCUACCAUUGAGGCCAUUGAAGCCAUCGAGACAGUUAAGGACGCUGAAGCCAUCAGAGGCUUCUCUCCGCAGCAUCGGAUCAGAAGUUUCGAGGAGGCAAAAGGUCUGGAUCGGAUCAACGAGAGGAUGCCUCCGCGACGCGAUGGCGUCAAUAGUGUUGGCCUGUCAAUGGGCCGCAUGAACAUGGGAGAGCCCAAUGGGACCGACAGCAACAGCAAUAUACAGUGAAGGACAUACUCUCCCACAGACACAUACCUGCAGUUACAACAACUCUGAUAUGGUACCCAAUUUACAGAUAAGUGUACAUAGGUAUACAUACACAAGGAAAAUGCACCAUGCACACACACAGUAUUACAUACACUGAGUAGGCUACACACAACAUCACACACACACACACACACACACACACACACACACACACACACACACACACACACACACACACACAUGAUUACCUUCCCAAUUCCCGUUGCCCUCAGCUGUAUGUAAAUGAGCAUGAGCGUACCCGGACUUUACCACCAAAGGCUGAGUCUUUUCACUGAACGGAUCCGCCCUAUUUAGUGAACUACAACUUCCAUGUACCUGCACAACAACAAGGAAAGAAACUACAAAAACACUCCCCAUGCAAAACAGGAGGAGCUGCUGUUCACCGUGUAUGUUGGGCACCACCAGUGGAUUGACAGUGUCAGCAUGACGUGGCUGUGUAGG